CGCACCGGGAAAUUUGAUACAGAGACACAAAACACCUACAAGACCAUAGCAGUGACAGUCACUUUCUGCUAUUCAGGCUCUCAUCAUGGCCCGUCGACGCCAGUAUGAUCAAGGGCAGAAUGGGCGGCCAAGUCGUAACAUUACUGGGCCCCAAUCUGCCUUGACUGAUUUUCUUGCAUCACACAAUAUUUCGGCUGCUCAAAUUAGAGCCGACGCAGAUCGCCGAAGGCAACAAGCAGGAGAGGACGGAGAGACGGCAGAGACAACAGAGGCAGGAGAAGCAGGAGAAGCAGGAGAGGCCGAACCGACCGAAGAAAAUGAAGUUUCAGAAACGGUACAAGUCUCCAUCACUGCUGUUGAAGCAAGCUCGGCUGGACGGGGAGCAAGAAGUCGCAAUGCCGCAGCAGAAAAGAAAGUCAAGGCUUUGGAUAAGAUCAAAGCUAGCAAAGCAUUCAAAAAGCGCAAGAAGAACGCCGACGACGACGAAUACGAUGACGAAAUCGCCCAGGCAAUCUUUGAAGAGAGGAGUGCACCGCUUCCUGGGCAGAUGGAGAACUGUGAAAUCUGCGGAAAGCGCUUCACUGUGACUCCUUACUCCUUGGCAGGGCCUGAUGGAGGCCUCUUAUGUGCUCCCUGUGGGCGUGAGAUUGCCAAAGAACGAGAGGGACAACCCAAAAAGAAGCCUCGAAAACAGACCGGUGGUGUGGGCUCACGACGCACUCUCCAGAGCCGAAUGCUCGAUGGAGACGUGGGUACAAAAAGCUUGGCUACGCUGUGUGUGCAGACACUGGCGAAGAAUGUGGACUUGGCAGAAAGUUUGGGCGAUUUACCUGAGCAUCUCAUCGACAAGAUUGCCAGGAUUUUCUCCAAGCGGCGUUUAUUGAAGCCAGAUACUUUGCCACUGUUCACGCAACCUACCACCGAAGUUCUGCACAUCUACGAUGGUGCAAAACUUGGUCAUCAAGAAUUCAUCAGCAUUUUUCAAGUUGCCCCGAACCUGAAGAAAUUCAAGGUGCGGUGUGCGGUCCAAUUCAAGGACGAGGUCAUGGACUAUCUGCUCUCGAGAGAUAUCCUCCUGGAAAGCUUUUAUCUUCAUGGUGCCAAUCUACUGAGUGAGGAUAAGUGGCACGAAUUUCUCGCUGCCAAAGGCAAAUCCUUGAGAGAACUACAAGUCUACUUUACCGAUAGACACUUUGGAGACGAAACCUUGAGACUUUUGAAGGAAUAUUGCCCCGAAUUGACUCGCCUCAAGGUCUGCCACAACCAAAAGGUCACGGAUGUAGGAGUCACUGCAAUUGGAAAUCUUGCAAGCCUUCGGCAUCUCAGUUUAGAGCUCCAGCAGGACAGUUCGGCAGAAGCUCUCAGGACUUGCAUCACACAAAUCGGGAAAGACCUCAGGACAUUCUCCUUUAAGAUUGUACCCGAUGCCGAUGACAGUGUCUUGGAGGCUAUUCAUAAUACUUGUCGAUCAUUAUCCAAGCUUCGUAUCACAGAAAGCGAAACCAUGACAGACAAGGGCUUCGCCAAGCUCUUUACAGACUGGCAAAACCCGCCUCUGGAAUUCUUGGAUUUGCAAAAGUGCCGGCAGCUCGACGCCGCUCAUCCACGAGAAAACCCCGACGGUAUUGGGCUCUGCAGCGAGGGUUUCAAGGCGCUCAUGGACCACUCUGGCCACGCCUUGAGAAAUCUCAAUGUGCAUGCUUGCCGACACAUCUCUCGCGAGGCGUUUGAAGAAGCCUUUAGCGAAAAGAAGCUGUAUCCGGAACUACGAAAAUUAGAGAUUAGCUUCUGCGAAGAAGUCACCGACUUUAUCCUUGGGAGCAUAUUCCGGGCUUGCCCAAACAUCAAAGAAGUGAAUGUGUUUGGCUGCAUGAAGGUGAAGGAAGUCAGAGUGCCACGGGGCGUUAUCUUGGUUGGCGUACCCAACGCCCAGGGGAUGAUAACUGAAGGCACGCACUGAGCAUAAUUUGCCGGAGAGCUUCGCACUUGUCACGCUUUUUUUCUCUUAACGAACUUCACGCUAGGGAGAGCAAAUUACAUAUGGUAUGGGAUAUUACAGAUCAACCCAAACGUUUUUUUCCUCUGUAAUGUAUAUAGUUAGAGUUCAAGUGCAGAGGGAACACAGAGUCGAUUAGAGCCAUAGAGUUUGGUCUACAUUUCAAUGUUCUUACCUGAAGCUAUCAUGUCACUUGAUGUAUUUCAUAUGUCUUGUCGAAAGUCAUAGUAACAAAUAUGUAUAUACCUAUAUCCAACUCAUAUAUACGAGUAUGAAGAUUUAUCUACAUCAACCCCUCAGCACAGCUCGAAGUAACUAUGUCGAAAAUUCACAUUCCCAGCAUCAUUUCAUGCUACAUUUUUAUACCCGAAGAAACAACCCAUAACGCCCCUUUUCGUACGCAAAAUACACCCCAUAUAUACAGCAACGUUAUGCCUGGCCAGAAGC